AGCCCCCACGGUAUCGCUUUGUAGCCAACAAUUUGAAGUUCUCAAAACCCAGAUACCAGAGGUUCAGAUAAAGUUCCUCAGUGGCGACGAUAAUGUGGACUCAUGGUCUGACCAGCAAACUUGGGAUGCGGUUCUUCUCAAUGUGCGCAUAGUUGUGUCGACGUACCAAAUCCUGUUGGACGCGAUGUCGCACGCGUUCGUGCCUAUGUCCAGACUAUCUCUGAUAGUAUUUGACGAAGCUCACAAUUGCAUCGGGAAGUCUCCGGGAAGCAAAAUCAUGUCACUCUUUUACCAUGAAGAACAACGAAAAGGCCGCCCUACUCCCCACGUCCUGGGUCUUACAGCAAGCCCGACUUUCGGUUCCAAGGUCGACAGCAUCAACACCCUCGAAGCCACGCUGGACGCUGUUUGCAAGAGCCCGACGAUGCACCGGGACGACCUUCUUGCUGCUGUUAACAAGCCAGAGCUGGCAUCCGCAAUCUUUCAGGCUCGAAACGAUUACGAUACUCCCAACAGCUUGCGAAGCUUGAGGAUGGCUAUACAAUCUCUUGAUAUCUCGGAAGAUCCCCAUAUUCGACACUUACAAGCAGAGGGAACAGAUCGAAGUCAGCGUGAACUCAUUGCGGUUCUCAAAAGUCACGAUACGUACAUUCAGAACCAAAUGACUUCCUUCGGCCGCCAAGCGAAUCAAAUAUUCAACGAACUUGGACCCUGGGCGGCGGAGUAUUAUAUCUGGGAAGUGAUCUCAAGAUUCAGAGCCGCAGUCAGGGCCCAAAGCGUCUGGCUUGACACAUGGAAGGACGAAGAAAAACAAUACCUCAUCAACGUUCUCAGUCAAGUUGAUUGCCAGUGUCCAUCGAAAGAGACUAUUAGCCGUGCUGUCCUGUCGGAUAAGGUGUUCGUUGUCAUUGAACAAUUGUUACAGGAUAAAUCUGACACGAUUGGCAUCAUAUUCGCCAGAGAAAGAGCAACCGUUGCGGUUCUAUGUCAUCUGCUGACGUCGCAUAACUUACUACGAAAGCGAUAUCGAAUCGGGGCCAUGAUGGGUACAUCACAGUUUCAGGCCAAGAAGAAAGAUAUAUGGGACCUUUCUCGAGUGGAAGAUCAGCGGUCACUGCACCAGUUCCGAUACGGGAGGACCAACCUGCUGGUUGCUACCAGUGUACUCGAAGAAGGCAUCGAUGUGCCGGCCUGCAACUUGGUCGUCUGUUUCGAUACCCCACCAAAUCUCAAAUCGUUUAUCCAACGCCGCGGACGGGCCCGGAAGAAGCAGUCUAAGCUUCUCAUGCUACUUGAUAGCUCGAAUCCACUGGGGAAAGAGUGGGAGGUCCUGGAGGCGGAGAUGAAAGCCCAGUAUGAAGAACAAGAGAGAGAAAUUGAACACCUUCAAGAGAUCGAGCAGGCUGAGGAGCCAAAGGAGAUGAUUUUCAAAAUCGAACAAACAGGAGCCGUUCUGGAUCUCGACAACGCAAAGCAGCAUCUCGACCAUCUUUGUCGAAUACUUUCCCCGGGAGAGUUCAUCGACUGGCGGCCGGACUACAUCAUCGAUGAGACGGACACAAGAGGCGCGCCAGACUUGCGAGCCACCGUCCACCUGCCGAGCUACUUACCAGCCUCGGUCCGCAGCGCCGAGAGUCAGCUGGCUUGGAAAUCAGAGCAAAAUGCUACAAAAGACGCUGCGUUUCAAGCCUAUCGCAACCUGUACAAGGCUGGACUUGUGAACGACAACUUGCUCCCUUUCAAGCCAGAGGACUUUGUACCCGGAAUUGACAAAAGAGCUGCUAUCUUGCAGGUCAACGGUCUACUCAAUGCCUGGAUCGGAGUCGCCGAGGCCUGGAAAGUUGGUAACAACCUAAGGGCAACUCGGAUCCUGCUCAAGGAUUCGGAUGGUGUCGUCCAGGGAGAGUACGACAUGGUAAUCCCCUUAUGGGUACCUGGGUUGCAGACGAUACCCAUCCAUCUGGACUAUAACGUCACCUGGUCAAUUGAGUUUGGACAUCAGCUUCCUAUUGACGAGCUGACCGGCAAUGAUGACACAGCUGUACUUCUUGCUCUGCCGUACGGUCACCGGUGGGUUUCGGCGGAUCUCCAGCAGAUCGUGAGGUUCAGUGCAGUUGGUGCUGGAGACAUGUCCGUCGAUCAAAUCGGCGUCAAAGGUUUCGUCCCAGGGGCGAUGUCAGACUACGAUCUGACCUGUUUCAUACGCGACCAGACUGGAUCCCCAUAUCUGUACGACAAUGUCAUCCCCCGCAAGCCGGCACCCGAGACUGUACAAAAGAUGUUUUACGAAUUCGAAAAGGCACCAGAGGAUGAACCUUACCUGGCUCUCAAGAAGUGGUCUCGCAGGUCGGACUUUCUUCAUCGGCCACAGAGCGAUCCCAGUCACGGCCCAGCUACUGUCAAGCCGUAUAAUCGAGUCUACCCAAUGUCGUGGGCAAAGGUGGACAACAUCCCUGCCAAGUAUGCCCAGUUUGGUGUGCUUAUACCAUCAAUCUUGCACCGUAUCGAGACCUACCUGGUGGCAAGGGAGCUGUCUAUGGGUGUGCUGAGGCCACUCGCCAUCUCCGACCCGUCUCUGGUAGUCACAACCAUCAGCGCGGGAAGCGCGUGUGAACCUACAAACUACGAACGCAUCGAGUUUCUGGGCGACUCUAUUCUCAAAGUCUCCGCCACAAUCAAUGUUGCCGCUCUGAACCCGGACUGGCCAGAACGGCUCCUGUCGUUCAAGAAAGACGCCAUCGUCGCCAAUUCGACCCUCUGCAAAGCGGCCAUUAAGCACGGCCUCGACAGGUUCAUUCUCACCAAGCCCUUCACGGGACAGAAGUGGCGCCCAAUCUACGUGGAGGACGUACUCCAGCACGGUGAAGAGCCUUCCUCCAGAAAGAUCUCCACCAAGACGCUCGCAGAUAUCGUCGAAGCACUUAUCGGGGCCUCGAUGAUUGACGGCGGUCUCCCGAAAGCGCUAAAGUGCAUGUCCAUCUUCCUCCAGCAGAUCAAAUGGAAGACCCUAGACGACUGCAGACAGGCUCUGUACGAUGUUGCUCCCUCCGACGUGGAACUCCCGUCUACCCUCGAGCCCUUGGAGCAGCUCAUAGGCUACGAGUUUAAAAAGAAGGCCCUGCUGAUCCAGUCCAUGACCCACGCCUCCUUCAACCUCGGCAACACCCUGGGCUGUCUGGAACGUCUCGAGUUCAUCGGCGACUCCGUCCUCGACUACAUUAUCGUCAACCGCCUCUUCUCUAUCGACCCUCCUCUCCCACAUCAGACGAUGCAUCUCCUGAAGACAGCAAUGGUCAACGGCGACUUCCUCGGCUUUCUAGCUCUGGAACAAGCAGUCAGCCAGGACGAGGUCAUCAUCACCACCGCCGGCGGCGGCAGCAGCAACAAAAAGCCCGAGCUACAACACGCGCGCUUCGCGCUGCCCCUAUGGAAGUUCAUGCGCCACCAGUCCCCCGCCAUCGGCCUCGAGCAGCUCAACGUCACGAAGCGGCACGCCGCGCUCAGGGGCGAGAUGGUCGAGGCGAUGGAACGCGGCACGACGUACCCCUGGGCCCUCAUGGCGCGCAUGCAGCUGCGAAAGUUCUACUCUGAUAUCUUUGAGUCCCUUCUCGGCGCCGUCUACAUCGACUCCGGGGAUCUGGACAUUUGCGCUGGUGUCGUGGAGCGGUUUGGCAUUUUGGCGUACCUUGAUCGUAUAGUAAGAGAUAGCGUGCACGUAUUACAUCCCAAGGAGGAGUUGGGUCAUUUGGCGGACAAUAAGACUGUGACGUACGUUUUGGACGUGCAAGACGUCGACAAUGGUGAGAAGCGGUUCUCGUGCAAGGUCAUGGUUGGCGAGCGGUGCGUUGUCGAGGUUGACGGUGGGAUAUCUAGAGACGAGGUCAAGGUUAAAGCCGCGGAGGCGGCAGUCAGAAUACUCAAGGCGGAGAAGACUGCAGCAAAACAAGAAAGCAUGGAUGUCCAGGAAAAUGAGGAUAUAGUCAUGGGAUAAGGGGGGAUUGGUUAGAAAUGUUGGUAUUUUACGGACACAGAGGCAGAGAAGGAUUUUGGCAGACUGGAAAAGCAAUCAAU